UUGGUUUAGUCCGGCGCAGAGCUUUGCGAACGGCGCCGAGGAGAGAAAGAUGGCGUCGUCGUCGUCUCUUUGAGUGAGUGUGAGCGCGGCUCCUCCUUUCCUCCGGCUAGCGGAGCUAUGUCGGACUCUGAGGAGGAGGAGUGUUCCGACCGGCAGCUAAAGUUCGUGGUGUUGGGCGAUGGCACAUCCGGCAAGACCUCCUUAGCCACACGUUUUGCUCAAGAAGCUUUCGGGAAGCAAUACAAACAAACCAUAGGACUUGACUUCUUUUUGAAAAGAAUAACACUCCCAGGAAAUGUAAAUGUUACUCUUCAAGUAUGGGAUAUAGGCGGCCAAACAAUAGGAGGCAAGAUGCUGGAUAAAUAUGUCUAUGGUGCGCAGGCUGUCCUUCUGGUGUAUGAUAUUACCAACCAGCAGAGUUUUGAAAACUUAGAAGAUUGGUAUAACGUUGUAAAGAAAGUCAAUGAAGAGUCAGAAACUCAGCCACAUGUGGCCUUGGUAGGCAAUAAAAUUGAUUUGGAGCAUCUGCGGGCAGUAAAAGUCGAUAAACACCUUCGAUUUUGCCAGGAAAAUCAUUCUAGCAGCCAUUUUGUAUCAGCCAAGACGGGUGAUUCUGUCUUCCUGUGUUUUCAAAGAAUUGCGGCUGACCUCCUUGACGUCAAAUUAAACAAAGCGGAAAUAGAGCAAUCGCAGCAUGUUGUCAGGGCAGAACUAGUGAAGUAUCCCGAAGAAGAAAAUCAACAGCACAGCACUGCCAACUAUCAGAGUAAAGUCUGUUCAGUGCAGUAGUUCAGAGUGUAGUGAAGGCGGAUAUUGUAAACUAUAGCCAGGAUCCCGUGACGAGAACAGUUAACUCUCCUAGAAGCUCAAUGUGUACAAUUCAGUGAACCUUUUUUCUUUUUUGUAUUGAUCUCCUUUGGCAGCCCUUUGCACAGUCAUAGGGGUUGCCAGGAAUGUUGUUUUAACAUUGAACAUUACUGUAGUGCAUUUAGAAGUUUCAAAAACUUACUACCCAUUUGUGUGUUCAGAAGCAGCAGGCAGUUUUUUGGCUAGCCAAGAUUCAAACAUUGGGACCACACACUUUGAAAAAUUAUCACAUAUAUCUAUAUUCUUAUGAAUUAUAUUUCAGCAAAGGAGUAUACACACAAAUGUACUUUUACAUGCAUUAUCAGAAUAUCUGAGUGGGAAUGCAAAAUGUAUACAUUGUACAGGUUAAAAAGUGGUGUUUAAAAUAAAACUCAAGUGAAAAUGUCUCUAUUUUCAUGCUUGCUUAUUCUCCAUUUUGCCCUUCCUCUCAUUAGAAUAACUACAGGAAAUUGUCAGUUUUAUCCUAGUGUGUUAAUGAUAAGCAACAAAUUGGCCUGUCAUUUAGAUUCAGUUUUGUUUACUGGUACAUCAAACAGUGCAUCAAGUCCUCCUCAAAGCAGAAAGGCCCUUGUGCUACCUAUAGUUUUAUUAAUAUGGUGAUGACUGAAACAAAAUCUUGUCAGAGGCAAGUACAUUAUUUUCAGAUUAAACAUGUUGCACUUACACAACUAUUAAUACAUAUGAUAACAAGCUUUCUCCAUGAAAUAAUGCUGUAACCCAGCGUAACAUACCAGUUCUGCGAACAUACAUACCACUACCUGCAAAUUCUUUGACCAUGCAAACAUUUUGUAAAACCUGCUUCCCAGAUAGCUAAAGCUUCUCUUAAGAGCCCAUAGAACAGCUGUUGAAAUGACCUGUUUAUUCAAAUAUGUUUGUUCUCAGAGGCUCACCAGAGUCCAAGCCUAAGAGGCUACCAAUUCAGGUUUGUUUUGUCUAGCUACUGGUUAGAAUUCUUUUUCAUGGUUGAUAUACGUCUGAAAUGAAUAAAGAAUUACUACAUUUUA